AUGGCUGUUAUUGAACUGAUAUUCCCCAAGUUCAAGCCAGAUCAGACUUCAAUCGACGAGCUCGAACUCAACUGGCCUAUUAUAAGCCCAAAAUUGACUAACCCAAAUCCGGGAAUCGUGCGUGCUUUUCGCGGAUGGAUUCUCACCGAGAAUGGGCAUAAUGUGAGAGAGGAGAAUAGGGCAUUUCUGCUUUUUGAAUGGAAUAAAGUGGAAUCUUUCCACGCCUUCUUAGCCUCAAAUCAAUUUGCGGGUUUCGUUGCAGCCAUCGAGCAUCUGGCAACUGGUCCGUCCAUAUUACAGCUUUGUGAAGUCAACCUUAGCCCAAAGGAUGCGGCAUCUGCGUCUAAUGUUGAGAUCCUCCGAGUGGCCGUUCCAAGUGCUAUGAAAGUGGACGCGGCUCUGAAAAUGUGGGAGGAAAUAUCUCAGAAAGCUAAAGAUAAAUAUGGAGGUGAAGUUGCUAUCACUUACGGCAAAAGCCAGAAUCUUGAGGAAGUAAUCGUUGCAGGCAUCAUUGGAUGGUCGAGACCGGAGGGUUCUACUUAUGCUACAGGAGGAGGGGCCCUGGAAGAUUCUCUUGAGUUACUGAAGGCUUUGGGAGAUGUAUCACAUAUCACUGUCAGCAUUGGAGCUAUGGAGCUUCCACCUUUGUAA